AUGCCAGGGAUUGUCGUGUUCCGCCGGCGCUGGUCUGUAGGCAGCGAUGACCUGGUUUUGCCAGCCGUCUUCCUCUUCCUCCUGCAUACCACCUGGUUUGUGAUCCUCUCUGUGGUGCUCUUUGGGCUGGUGUACAACCCCAACGAGACCUGCUCGCUUAACCUGGUGGACCACGGCAGAGGCUACCUGGGCAUCCUGCUCAGUUGUAUGAUCGCAGAGGUGGCAAUCAUCUGGCUCAGCAUGCGAGGCAGUAUCCUGUACACAGAGCCCCGGGACUCGAUGCAGUAUGUGCUCUAUGUCAGACUGGCUAUCCUGGUGAUUGAGUUUGUGUACGCUAUUGUGGGCAUCGUUUGGCUAACGCAGUACUACACUUCCUGCAAUGAUAUCACAGCAAAGAGUGUCACUUUGGGAAUGGUUGUGUGCAACUGGGUUGUCAUCCUGAGCGUCUGCAUCACUGUCCUGUGCGUCUUCGACCCGACAGGCCGGACCUUUGUCAAACUGCGCGCCACAAAGCGGAGACAGCGCAACCUGAGGACGUACAACCUGCGACACCGCCUGGAAGAAGGGCAAGCCAGCAGCUGGACGCGCAGACUCAAAGUUUUUCUUUGCUGCACACGGACAAAAGACUCUCAGUCGGACGCCUACUCUGAAAUCGCCUACCUUUUUGCUGAGUUUUUCCGAGACCUUGACAUCGUCCCAUCUGACAUCAUUGCAGGCCUGGUUCUUCUGCGCCAACGGCAGCGGGCAAAGCGCAAUGCUGUGCUGGAUGAGGCAAACAAUGACAUUUUAGCUUUUCUGUCUGGGAUGCCAGUGACCAGGAACACAAAAUAUCUGGAUCUGAAAAAUGCGCAAGAGAUGCAGCGGUACAAAGAGGUGUGUUACUACAUGCUGUUUGCCCUGGCUGCCUAUGGCUGGCCCAUAUACCUGAUGAGGAAGCCCACAUGUGGACUCUGUCGCCUGGCCAGAUCCUGCUCAUGUUGUUGUCUCUGUCCUUCACGUCCCCGCUAUGCACCUAGUGUCACCAUUGAAGAGGAUAAUUGCUGUGGCUGCAAUGCCAUUGCCAUCCGGCGCCACUUCUUGGAUGAGAAUAUGACCUCAGUGGACAUUGUUUACACAUCUUGCCACGAUGCAGUUUAUGAAACGCCUUUCUAUGUGGCUGUGGACCAUGAUAAGAAGAAGGUGGUCAUUAGUAUCCGAGGAACUCUGUCUCCAAAAGAUGCCCUGACUGACCUAACUGGGGAUGCAGAGCGCCUUCCGGUUGAGGGUCACCAUGGAACCUGGCUGGGACACAAGGGAAUGGUGCUAUCUGCUGAGUACAUCAAGAAGAAAUUGGAGCAAGAAAUGGUGCUUUCUCAAGCUUUUGGACGAGACUUAGGGAGAGGAACAAAACACUAUGGCCUGAUUGUGGUUGGUCAUUCCCUAGGGGCUGGCACAGCUGCCAUCCUGUCUUUCCUCUUGCGUCCGCAGUACCCAUCGCUGAAGUGCUUUGCCUAUUCUCCCCCAGGUGGGCUGCUGAGUGAGGAUGCCAUGGAGUAUUCAAAAGAGUUUGUGACUGCAGUCGUGCUUGGCAAAGAUCUAGUGCCCAGAAUCGGUCUCUCUCAGCUGGAGGGAUUUCGUCGGCAGCUUCUGGAUGUUCUUCAAAGAAGUAACAAACCAAAGUGGCGAAUCAUUGUGGGUGCUACGAAGUGCAUACCCAAGUCAGAGCUCCCUGAAGAGACAGAAGAAAAUUCGGUAACGAGUAAUCGCCUCUGGACCCAUCCCAGCGACCUGACUAUCGCCCUGUCUGCAAGCACACCACUCUACCCACCUGGCCGCAUCAUCCAUGUGGUGCACAAUCAUCCUGCAGAGCAGUGCUGUUGCUGCGAGCAAGAGGAUCCCACUUACUUUGCUAUCUGGGGUGACAAUAAGGCGUUUAAUGAAGUGAUCAUCUCGCCAGCGAUGUUGCACGAACACCUCCCAUAUGUGGUCAUGGAAGGGCUCAACAAGGUCUUGGAGAACUACAACAAGGGGAAGACAGCUUUACUUUCUGCAGCCAAAGUGAUGGUGAGUCCUACAGAAGUGGAUCUCACCCCAGAGUUGAUCUUCCAGAGUCAGCCCUUACCUAGUGGACCCUCAGUGCAGAUUGGAACAGGAGCCGUAACAGUGGACAGAAGGAACAGCAGCACUAAGAGCAAGUCCCAUUCUGAAAUUAGCUUGGAGGGGUUUUAUGAGACAAAGCCACUUUCUCCUGUGCAAAAAGACCCUGUGGAGCUGCUUCUCCUGGAUACAAAGGAGCGUCUGUCUGUGGAGCUGCAGGACCGUCGUGCCCCUCUCGCGACCAUGGAGAGCCUCUCGGACAAUGAAUCCAUCUACAGCUUUGAUUCAAGGCGCUCCUCCGGUUUUCGGAGCAUCCGGGGCUCCCCCAGCCUCCAUGCUGUCAUGGAGAAGGAUGAGACGCACUGCUUUUAUAUAGACCCUGCUAUUCCUGAGGAGAAUCCCUCCCUCAGCUCGCGGACAGAGCUGCUGGCUGCUGAUAGCCUCUCCAAACACUCCCAGGAGACUCAGCCCCCUGACAAUGUGCUCAACAGUGGUGGCACUACCCCUCAGCGACGCUGCAGCGAGGAGGGAGCCAGCAGUGAGGGGGACCGCGUUUCCUUAGCCCCUCGUGAGGAGCUGUCCCUCCAGAAUGGACGGCUCACUGAUGUUCCCAGUCCCCAAGUGCUGGAGUUUGCUGAGUUCAUAGACAGCCUCUUUAACUUGGAUAGCAAAAGCAGCUCCUUCCAGGACAUCUACUGCAUGAUGGUGUCAGACAGCUCCAGUGACUUUGCAGAGAUGCCCAAGUCUGUCAGCGAUCAGGAGAUCCUGUUGAGGGCACAAUAUGAACCCAACCUAGUCCCAAAGCCCCCGAGGUUGUUUGCAGGCUCAACAGAUCCUUCGUCGGGCAUAUCUGUCUCGCCCUCUUUCCCCCUUAGUUCAUCCGGAGAACUCAUGGACAUCACUCCCACAGGUGUGAGCAGCCAGGAGUGCCUGGCCACUGACAAAAUCCGGACUUCCACCCCCUCUGGGCAUGUAACCAGCCCUGCCAAGCAGGACGACCUCAUGAUUUCGGCCCUCUAGUGCAGGGUAAAGGGGUGCGGCUCUGAGAGCUGA